UCAGGUUGCAAGCUAAAGCAACCCCUCUCUCUCUCUCUCGCUCUCUCUCUCUCUCUCUCUCACACACACACACACACACACACGAAGACGAACACGAACACGAACGCACACAUGGAAAGCAUCGGGCAGUCGACGGGCGUAUUGAGACAAAGAAUAAAGCAGGCGGCGUUGCUGUGGGCCGAGGGUUUCAGGGAAGCUUGCUGUCUCCACAGGGUCGUCCUAUACUGUUUCAGGUCUAGACAGCUUAUGAUCCGAACGGGACAGUGUUUUCUCUUGAAUGGCUUCAUAUUUUUAGGAAGUAUCUUUAUUCUCAAAUCAGUUAUUGUCCCAAUGCUUCUAUGGAUAUUACCAGAUCAGUGCCCACCAAUCAGUUCUCAAGAACCAUGCUCAUUUGGUGGUAUAUUAAAAUUUUAUUCCUUCUUACGUCUUGGACUCAUACAACUCUUCUAUUUAUUAUGGUUCUACCCACUGUAUGUAUUCAGCUUUAUUCUAAGCAGUAUCUGGUACAAUGACAUUGCGAAAUAUGGAUUCUUUUCAAUUGGGAAAUACGGGCAGCCUGCCAUUUCAGAACCAUCUAGACAAAAGGAGUUAUCUUCUUCACAGAAUACAUCUAAUUUGGAUAGACCAACAGAUCUUGGGGGGGUUUUGAUUGGAAUUUCUGAGCAGGUCUAUUCAGUCCUGCUCUUGAGCUUUUUCUUCCUACAGGUUUAUGUUACAGGAUUUAUACCAUAUGUUGGGAAGGCACUCAAUUUUCUACUUCUUUCGUGGAUGUAUGCCUAUUACUGCUUUGAGUACAAAUGGAAUCUUUCGGGACUAAGUUUGGAUAAAAGGCUGGACUUAUUUGAAUGCAAUUGGGCAUUUUUUGCUGGAUUUGGAAAUCCUUGUGUUCUGGCCACGGUCUUUUUCUCUCCUCUUGUGAGCUAUGGUGUUAUGGCUAUCCUCUAUCCACUGUUUGUUUUGACUGCAACAGGUUCGGAUGCUGACAAUGUUAUUGCUUCUCCAAGAAGCAAAUGGAGGGGUGCAGGAUUGGGAAGGCUUCCAUUGUUUUUUGCUGCAAAUUAUUUGUCGAUGCAGGUAUUGUCUCUCAUCCCCAUGGAACCUCGAGAAAAACUGCAGGAGAACAAGUCACUCUGAGAAGUGGUUUUGAUGCCUUACACCUUCCACGAAAGCAAUCCAAGGGAAAGAAAAACAGCAGCUGGAAACCAUUCUGAAUCUUCUGUAGAUAGAAAACAGUGUUACUAAGGCUAUGUACAGAAAUCAGAUAAAAAUCAAUUUGUUUAUAAGAUAAGAGAUUUUUUUUUUCUUUUGCUUUCAUAAUUUGUGUAUAAUUGUAAUGUAGAAGAAGCAAAUAACCUAAAAAAGUGAUCUUUUAUGAAACAAAAUUUU